AUGAUCAGAAGAAGGUCCGUGUGGGUGAAGCUUUUUCAACUUCAUGCACGUGGGUGUGAGGUUUUGGAUCACAUCCAUGAGAAACGUCCGCCUAAAGAUGACCCUACGUAUGAGCAAUGGAUGAAGAUUGAUGCUCUCGUUCUUCAAUGGAUUUAUGGUACCUUGUCUGAAGACUAUCUCCUUGGUGUUCUUGAAGCUGAGUCAACCGCCCUAGAAGUCUGGGAUCGUGUGAAAACCAUAUUUCUCAACAACAAAGGCCCAAGAUGUGUUGCUCUUCAACAAAAUUUUAUUAAUCUCAAGCUAAGUGCCAUGCCCUCUGUGGAAGCUUAUUGUCUGACACCCCGAGAUCUUGCAGCGUAG